GAGAGGGAGAGAGAGAGAGAGAGAGAGGAGUGGGUUGACAUCAGCAGCCUCCAGAAUCAUGCUUGCCAAGUGGAGAAAGGGAAGCUCAUCCCUGAAGAAACACCCAGAAUUUUUCAUAUUGCAGGCCUAACUGGAGAAUAUAAUACACUUGUACUGGAAAUUAUUAAGCAGCUUUAUUGCCAGAGGCUUCGGAUUAUCAGAUUUUUUUUUAUUAUUAUUGCUGGGAAAUCGGAAGCUCGAGCUCGGCGAGGCUGCCCUACAUUUUAUACUCUAUUUUCUCUAUGCGUGUUUUUUAUGUUUACAGUAAACUGUCUCGUGGAGAGAUCUUCAGGCGGAUGUUUGCUUCAUCCAUAAAGGCAUAAAAAACAUUCUGGACAGAAAAUUUGCCGACAGAAAUCCGGGAAUGAGGUGAAGAGCCGAGGCGCAGAGAAAAGGCAGAGUGGCGGACAUUGUGAAGCCGAAAACAGCCGCACACAGAAGAUGCACAAUUAAUCCAAACAGAGUCUUUUACAUCUCGAUACUCAGGACCGUAUCGGCACAGUAUGUAACACUGUUUCCAUGGUCUUAGCAUCCUGUUGUUUACAGCAAUCAAAACGACGUUAAUAUCGUCCCCAAGCCGUCCAAUUGUAAAGAAACAGGGCGGGUGAUUUGCCCCGACUUGUGUUCAGGUAAUAUUUACCUAUAGAUCAGUGUAACAUGUAAAGAUGUUCCACUGUGAUUUUGUGCACUAAUGUAAUCAAGCGAUUGCAGGACCUGGAGGAAAAACCACAGCGUUACUUUAAGGCCUGGAAACGAGGUGUGCUUAAAGACAAACACGCUAUAAGACAUUAGGAUACACGUGCCUCUUAAAUAUGAUCAGAUCAACUCAAUGGCAUUGAGUUCCCAGCUAAACUCCUGUGUUUUCCCAUAAUAUGCAACAUACUGUUUGGGAUCACUGACUGCACCCUUUUUAUAUCUGGACAAUCAAAUCUGCAGGUCUACUUCUUUCAGGAUACCAAAGUAAAAGUUUGGGCGAGAUGGGGAGUGAUGGUGAAAUCCUAAGCCAUGACUUGGCGAAGGUGUCUGAUGAGGACUUGCUGGCUUGCUCUAAAGAAGAGCUGGUGAGUCGACUGCGGAGAGAGGAGUCAGAGAAGAUGUCGGCGCUCAUUCAGCGUGGGCGCCUAAUCAAGGAGGUGAACAAGCAACUUCAGGGACAUCUGCUUGAAAUCAGGGAGCUCAAAGCCAUCAACCAGCGGCUGCAGGAGGAGAACCAGGAAUUGCGUGACUUGUGCUGCUUCCUAGACGAUGACAGGCUGAAGGUGAAGAAGCUGGCACGAGAAUGGCAGCUAUUUGGCCACCAUGCCGCCAAAGUGAUGCGGGAUGACCUGGGCGGCUACCUGAAGAAGCUCUCUGACCUGGAGCGUCUGCAGGAUGGUCUGGUCAAGGAGAAUCUGGACUUGAAGGAGCUGUGUCUAGUGCUUGAGGAGGAGUGUGUGAGCAGGAGUGAUUCCAGCCCUGGGGGAUCGACUGAGCUCAACCUGCCAUGUAUGGUGGCCCGGGACCUCGGGGAUGGAAGCUCGAGCACUGGGAGCGUAGGCAGCCCUGACCAGCUCCACCUGGUGUGCUCACCUGAUGACUGAGCGAGAGUUAAGAGAAAGAGAGAGGAUAAUAGCCAUUAUCCCUUUAUUCCUCUCAGAGAAUGACAGAGAAGGGCCUGAACGAAGUUAUGUGGGCCAACCCAAAGGAGCAAAGAAGUUUACGAUUUUAGUUGUCAUCAAACAUCUCAGCUGCUUAUGCUAGACAAAUAGAUAGGCCACAUUAGUCUUUUCUUUGCUUUUCCCUUUAGACUGUUGUUAAUCCCCCCCCCCCCCCAGUGUAGAUAGACGUUAUUAAUGUGAAUGAUAUUACUUUGCUUUAGAAAGCAAGCAUGAUUGCAAUAGUUCUAAGCUUUACUUUAGCUCUGUCAUAUUGUGUUUAUUAAAUUUUUUGAAAAGAAAGUAGUACAAGGUCACUGGGAUUUCCCCCCACUAAUCUCUUACAAAAGUGGUUGUAUAUAGACACCAACUGAUCAACUGGCUAUUUACCACCUGUUUUUACUGCACUGAAAUGAAUUUUAAGGGGGUCUCAUGUUUUAAUGAUGCACUAAACAGGGCUGAAACAAAUCUCAAAUGAUUCAUGUUUUUAAACUGCAUAGAGCCAUAAAAUGACCUCUUUGAGGUCAUGCACAACAGCACUGAAUCUUUUUCAAGGGUCUCUCAAGACCUCUGAUUUAAAAUGAAUGGAUUGCCAGUUAUUUGGCUGUAUGAAAUGUGCACUGAAACCGCACAUUCAGAAUUAGUACACUUUCUCACGAUUAUGAUGUACUAAAGUUGCUCUAGUAAGAUAUGUUACACUAAACCAUCUUGUUGACUACUACACUGGACACCAGAUAAUUUUUUUGCAUUGAUAAAUUUUAUUACGUAAUUACUCAGUGUACCAUUUUUUGUGUUUUUGAUUGUUGAUUUUAUGGGAUUUUACAUAGCUACACGCUAUGUUCACACACUGUCAACUGCACUGGGUACAAUGGUGUUUGUGAAUUUGUAAUAUUGUAUAAUUACUUUAAUUAUGUUCUUUAGCUUUUACCUAUAUAUUUUGAUUUAGAUGUACAUCAGUAUUACUUUAAUGUCUUUUUUUCCCCUGUUUAUAUCAUAAGAAUCUGAUUUUGUGUUUUUGGCUGUAAUCUUUGGGCCAUGGUUGUUGUCAGUAGGAGAGCUUUAAAUACACUUGAUUGAGCUUGACUGAGA